AUGAAGAUUCAGCAGAAUGCCUUCACUGUCCUGGAGAGGACUAGUGACUUGCUAAGGAGCAGGAUGUUGACUGAACAACCUCUCUGGUACAAGGUUGUGGCCAACAACCCACCUCAAUGGGACUUGACCAGGAAGGUCAGAUUGGAAAACUUACAACAAGCCCAGGAAGCUGACUUGACAAAAAAGAGCUCGACCGCGCUGUUGAAAACAAAACUUAAACCCAGCCAGGUGAAGAACCAUUUGUUGAAGACAAGAAAACUGACGUAUAUUGAGGAUGAGCUCAGAAGUCUGUUUUACGACCAGCAUCCGUGGGAACUGGCCGAUCCAAAAUCGCUGAUCGAAAACGAGGCAACUCUGAAUGCCAAAUACGACUGGAGCAAGAUGGUCCAACUCUACAAGAAGCUGGACGGUGAAAGCGUGGUGCAGAGGACAUUGUACAUCAAGGCUAACCAACCAGAAACGACCAUAAUCGAGGCAUACGACCAGGCAAGACACGAGUACUACCGUUUGAAGAUGAACGAGGACAUUGAGAACUCUGUUACGUUAGAAGAAAGUACCAUGUUUGGAGCUGUGUUCCAGAAGACGCCAUUGGAGUAUGGCUACGAGGAAGAACAGAAGGUGCUUGAGAAAUGGAGAGUGGAUGCCAUUCAGCAGACCGAGAUUCUGACCUCUUCCAGGGAGUCGGCCACUUCUUCAGGCAGCUUAAUCGGUGUUGAAGAAGACAAGGAAGACUCCGAAGAGCUUUCGAAGAACUUUGAGGGGUUGUUGGAUCAAGCCUCUCAGCAAAACUAG